AUGAUGGCAAUAAAAAAGAUGAAAAAUAAUGAUAAUGUGCAUGGUAGAGCACUCAGUGGAUUGCCUUUAAAUCGUUUCUACCUCAAUCGUAAUCGCCUUUUGCAUUUGCCGAAACGGUUGCUCGACGAUUUGAAUGUUGAGCAGGUCGUUGUCGUUGACUUCUCAGAUAAUCUCUGGCAGUGUGUUUGUGGCGAGGAAUGGUUGGCGGACUGGUUAUCAUCGAUCGGCGAUCGUAACGUAGCAGACGGUAAUAUGGGCUGUAUACGAACACGUGCGUGUACCCCGGAAUCCACCGGGAAACAAAAAAGGCAUCUCUGGAUAACGAUCAUUGCCAGUGUGUUGGCUCUCGUUUCGGUGCUCAUUUUGAUCGCAAUUGCGCUGUUGUACGUCGAGGACGUGCGACGUAUGGAUAAGCUUUCGAAUCCACUGCGACGUGUCCCGUCCGACUUGCUGCAGCUUAUACCGAGUGGCGACUCAUCAGUGUCGUUACCAUGCGAAAAUGGCAUUGAGCCACUGCUUGGUAUUGGAGUGCCCAAGGAAAUAGCAGUGACCAGCGGUCAGUUACGAUUGUCCACAUGCAUCAAAAGCCCGUUAAUUGUGCAGAAUAGCAAGAGCAGCAAUAACGGCGACGGGGAUAAUAUCACCAUCAGUGAUAACAGUAAUAACACCACUGGCGGUAAUGAGAAGAAACGAGUUCGUUUUAAUGAUGCAUAA